CAAUCGGAACAAUCGGAACAGUCGUCUCUGGAAACUCCACGACCGCCGCCGCCGCUGCUGCUGAACACGGAUUAUUCUUUACACUUUUAAAACAAGGAACACGUUUCUGGCUCUGGAUUCAGCUUCUACGGAGGAGCGAGUCUGAACCGGCAACCUUUCCUCGGACUCCAGGAUUAUGGUGGAGCGAGCUCCGUCUGAGGAACCUGAGGAACCCAACAAAUCCAACAAACGGAAUAAACCCAAUAAACCCAACGAGUCCAAUAAACCCCAUAAACCCAAGCAGGACGGAGAUGUGGACGUGGAAAGCUGCCGGAGUGUUUUUGUUCUCCUGGAUUCUGCUGCAGGACGUGGGCGGCUCCGCCCCCCUGGACCCCUGCAGCAUCUCUGUGUCUGAGCCAGAACCAGGUCUGGACCCGGAUCUGGACCCGGGUCCAGGUCUGGACCGGGUCUCCCUGAGCGUCACCACGCCGGGACAGAACUGCUCCUUCAACGUGACCUUUCCUGACGGAGGAGGAGACGGAGUCCAGUGUAGAGGAGGAGACGAGGAGACGGGAGGACUGGGGGGUCAGGGGGGACCAGGAGGACCAGGAGGACCCGGGGGUCAGGUCUUCACCUGCCUGCUGGACCAGCUGGAACCCGGAACCACCUACCAGCUGCAGGUCCAGUCCCAGAGAGACCAGGAGACGGCUAACGUCACCGUGAAGACCAGACCGUCCCCCGUGUCCGGCCUCACCGUCUCCUCCAGAACCUCCACCACCCUGGGAGUUUCCUGGCAGGCCGGGGCCGGCAGGACGCAGCGCUUCAGGCUGCAGCUAACGGAGCUAGCGCCGGGACUGGACCAUGAACCGGGAUCCAACCGGUCCGGUCUGCUGAGGAACCAGACGCUAGGCAGCACCACCACCCACCACCUGCUGGACGGCCUGACGCCGGGGCGGCGCUACAACGUUACCGUGGUAACGGAGGCCGGAGGCCUGAGGAGCAGCAGGACCAUCCAGGCCCAGACAGCGCCGGCCUCCGUCUCCAACGUCACCCAGGACGGCAACAGCAGCACCAGCCUCCUGUUGUCAUGGCGACGGCCCGACGGAGACGUGGACACGCUAACCGUCUCCGUCUCCGUCAACGACUCCUCCGUCUGGGAGACGACGCUCCCGCCCGACGCCACGGACGCUAACGUGGACCAGCUGACGCCCGGAUCGGCCUAUCGGGUCACGGUGACGUCACGCAGCGGAAACCUGAGCAGCCAAUCAGAGCUGGCCGUCCGGACCGCCCCAGCCCCGCCCACCCUCCUCUCCCUAGGCCCCUCCCCCUCCGGUGACCUCAUCCUGAGGUGGGCGUGGCCCGCCGGCCGCUGGGACGGGCUCCGGCUGGUGGUGACGGACGGAGACCGGCAGGUGUUAGCCGCGGAGCUGGAACCGCUAGCCAGGAACUACAGCGUCCCGGGAACCGUGCUAACGCCGGGACGGACGUACCGCGCUGAGCUAACGGCAGCUAGCGGGGGCCUGACGGCGGCUAGCAGCUGCUACGGAGCCACAGCUCCCGCCCCGGUCUGGAACCUCCACAUCCAACACUCGGACGAGACGUCCCUCAGCGCCAUGUGGAGCCACGCCCCCUCCGGGUCACGUGACGGCUACGUCCUCACCAUUCGCCACGGGAACGUUACCGUGGAUACCAGGCAGGUGGAGGCGAACAUGAGGGAGUGCACCUUCAACGUCCUCACGCCGGGGAGGAGCUACCGCGUCGCCGUGACGACCAGGAGUGGGAGGAUGAACACGACCGUGGAGGUGGAGGGACGGACAGUUCCGAUGGCUCUUCCUUCCAUCAAACUCAGCAGCUCCGGCAUCGACGGCCUCAAAGCAUCAUGGGAAAAACCUCCGGGAGACGUGGACCGGUUCAGUCUGGUUCUGCUGAGAGACGGGGUUCCGGUCCAGAACCUCACCGCCCCGGCGUCGUCCUCGUCCCUGCAGGUGGAGGGUUUGAUUCCCGGCUCCCUCUACAGGCUGGAGGCUACAGCGGUCAGUGGAGACCUGAGGUCCAAACCCGUCGGACUGGAGGCCCGGACAGAACCGGCCUCCGUCUCCGACGUCUCCGUCUCCAACGGCGGCUCGUGUGACGCCCUGCGGGUGUCGUGGCGUCCGGCGUCGGGCCGGGUCGACAGCUACCUGGUCCGGCUGCAGGACGGGAAGACGGUGGUCCACGCUCUGGUUCUGCCGGGCUCGGCGCCGCCCGGCUGCUCCUUCAGCUCGCUGGUGGCCGGACGGCUCUACGCCGUCGUCAUCGUGACGCGCAGCGGAACCCUGGAGAGCAGCGCUACGGUCACGGCCCGGACCCAACCAGCCACGGUGGAGAACCUCACAGCCGUCCACUCAGGCAGACCCGACUUCCUGAAGGUGUACUGGCGUCACGCUGCCGGGGAUCUGGACCGGUACCUGGUUCUGAUCCGGUUCAACCACCAGGUUCUGCAGAACCGCAGCGUCUCGGCCGGAAACAACGAGGUGGUGUUCUCGGACCUGGUACCGGGCCGGCUCUACACCGUCACCGUGGAGACGAGGAGCGGAGGAUACGCCCGCGCCGCCGACACGCACGGACGCACCAUUCCUGCCGCCGUGGGAAACCUGUCGCUAGGCAACGCAGGAACGACCGAGCUGAACGUGACGUGGAGCCCCGCCCCCGGAGACGUGGACCACUACGAGGUGUCCCUGCUGUUCAACGACACCCGGGUGUUCCCCCCCGUCACCCUGGGCUCCCAGAACCAGCACUUCCUGUUGACGUCCCUGACGCCCGGACGGCUCUACAAGGUCCUAGUGUCCACCUUCAGCGGGCCGCUGCAGACGGCCCAGCGGCUGGAGGCCCGGACGGUUCCCAGCACGGUGGGGAACCUGCGUCUGGUUCCUCAGCGCGGCAGAACCGAGUCUGACGGGGAACUGAAGACGACCUGGACGCCUGGAGACGGAGACGUGGACCUGUACGCCGUGUCCCUGAGCACCACGGCCGGCGUUGCCGUGGAUACGCGCUCCGUCCCCAAACACGUGUCGUCCCUGGAGUUCCCCAGACUGACGCCGGGCCACGCCUACACCGUCACCGUCCAAUCCCGGAGCGGCAGCUUGACCAACAGCAUCGCGGUGACGGGGAGAGCAGCGCCGGCCCGGGUGACGGCCCUGCAGGCCGACAACGGCCACACCACCCACAGCCUGACGGUGGCGUGGGAGGGCCCGCCGGGCCGCUACGACGCCUUCGGCCUGCGGCUGCUGGACGGCGCCGGCGCCGCGCUGCUGAACCGGACCCUGCCGGCCCAGAGCCGGGCCCAGACCCUGGAGGGCCUGACGUCGGGCCGGCGCUACCGCGUGGAGCUGCUGACGCUCAGCGGCGGCGUGGCGGCGCUGGAGCCGGCGGUGGCGGACGGACAAACACGUCCGGCUGCCGUGGGGAAUCUGUCUGCCGUCUCCGUCAACACCUCCGUCCUCAGCUUCUCCUGGACUCCCCCGGAGGGACACGUGGACUCGUACAACCUGUCCCUGUCCCUGGUCCCCGAGCAGCAGGGCGACGGCGAGCCGGCGGGCGACGGAGAGCCGGUAGCUGGUCGGUCCCUCGGCGCGGCGGCGGAUCGCUGCACCUUCGGCGGUCUGAGACCCGGAACCCUGUACCGGCUGAAGGUGGAGAGCUGGAGCCGCCGCAUGAGCAGCGACUCCUCGGUGCUGGCCCGGACCGUCCCGGCCCCGGCGGCGGCGGUCCUGCUGCAGAGCGACGGACGGACGGACCGGCUAGCGGUUAGCUGGCGGCGCGGCGCCGGCGCCUGCAGCGGCUACCAGGUGAAGCUGCGUCUGGUUUCCGGGGAAACGGUGGCGGCCCAGGACGUGGGGGCGGAGCUACGGAGCCACACCUUCCCCGGGCUGGUCCCCGGUAGGCUGUACCGCGCUGAUGUCAUCACGCGCAGCGGGGAGCUGACCAAUCAGGCCUCGGCGCUGGGACGCACCGCUCCGGAGCCGCCCACCCACCUGUCCGUCAACCCCGGGCCGACCAAUGACACGCUGGAGCUGCGCUGGUCUGGCCCCGCCCACGGAGACUACAGCAACUUCAGCCUGCGCUGGACGCCGCCCGACACCCUGACCGUAGGCCCCGCCCACCUGCGCUGGACGCCGCCCGACACCCUGACCGUAGGCCACGCCCACCUGACCGUAGGCCACGCCCACCUGACCCGCCUCCUGGUGGGAGGCCUGUUUCCAGGGCGACGCUACAACUUCUCCCUGGCGACCGUCAGCGGGGGCGGGGCCACGACAGGGGGCGGGGCCACGACAGGGGGCGGGGCCACGGCAGGGGGCGAGGCCACGACACGGAGCCAGGAGGUCCAGAGGAGCGUCAGGACAAGCCCCGCCCCGCUCCGCUCCCUCCACUGCUUCCCUCUCUCGUCCUCCUCUCUCUCCUGCUCCUGGACUCCUCCCGUCUCCGACCUGGACUCGUACGAGGUGGAGCUGCGUCGCCACGACGACCGUCUCCGUGACGACGGCCGUCUCCGUGACGACGAGCGUCUCCGUGACGACGGGGAGCCGGUGUCGGCCCUGCGGCUGGCGGCCGGCGUCACCACGGUAACGCUGGACCAGCUGGAGGCGUACAGGAAGUACCGGGUCACGGUGAGAGUGUCGUCGGACGGGAGGAGGAGUCCGGCGGUGACGGAGACGAGUGUCACCAUGAUCGAUCGUCCCCCGGCUCCGCCCCCCAGCGUGCGUGUGGGAGAGAGGUCAAAGGUCACGUCGUCCUCCAUCUUGUUCCGGUUCAACUGCUCCUGGUUCAGCGACGCUAACGGAGCCGUGAGGUUCUUCUCCGUGGUGGUGGCCGAGUCCGAUGGCAGGGAGCAGGUCCAGCCGGAGCAGCUCCACCCUCUGCCCUCGUACCGCGACUACAUCUCCAACUCCUCCAUCAGGGUUUACCAGACGGCCUACUGGCCCAGCCGCUGCCCUCAGGACGCCGACGCCUCCGCCGCUCAGGUGGUGGAGGUGAACCUGGGCGCGGGGGGGGACCGCCUGGGCGGGGCCUGCCACCGUUACCAUGACGACGAGGUCUACCUGAGCGACAGCUACGGCAGCUUCUGUGACGGACCGCUGAAGCCCAAGACGUCAUACAGGUUGAGCAUCAGAGCUUUCACCAGACUGUUUGAUGAAAACAACAGAGAGUUCACUGAGCCGCUUUUCUCUGACACGUUCCUGUCGUCACCGCUCCGGACCCACUCAGAACCUCUAGGGGGCGUGGUCGAGGGUCUCAGCGCCGGCAUGUUCCUCAUCGGGUUGAUGGUCGCCGUGGCGUCUCUGCUAGCUUACCGCCAGCGGCUACGCAAAGUGGCGGUCCAGGAGAACCCGGUGGUCCGGAUGAGCAUGUGGAAGGAGGUUCCUCCCUCGGGGGUCUACAUGGGGGUCCGGAGCAACCGCAGAGUCACCAGCCCCGUCAAAGCCGCUCUCUUCGAGUCCCACCUGAACCAACUGCAGGCCGACUCCAACUACCUGCUGUCGGAGGAGUUCGAGGACCUGAAGGACGUGGGCCGGAACCAGACGAUGGACGUGGCCCGGCUGCCGGAGAACCGGGGGAAGAACCGCUACAACAACAUCCUGCCGUAUGAUUCCACCAGGCUGAAGCUGUCGUACCUGGAGGACGACCCGUGCUCCGACUACAUCAACGCCAGCUACGUCCCGGGAAACUCCUCCCGGCGCGAGUACGUGGCCACCCAGGGCCCGCUGCCCGGGACCAAGGACGACUUCUGGAGGAUGAUCUGGGAGCACGGAGUCCACAACGUCGUCAUGGUGACGCAGUGUCUGGAGAAGGGACGGGUGAAGUGUGACCAGUACUGGCCCGCGGACCGGGACCCGCUCUACUACGGAGACCUGGUUCUGCAGAUGCUGUCGGAGUCGGUUCUGCCGGAGUGGACCAUCCGGGAGUUCCGGAUCAGCUCGGAGGGCGGGCCGGGCCACCCGCGGGUGCUGCGUCACUUCCACUACACGGUCUGGCCCGACCACGGCGUCCCCGAGUCCACCCAGUCCCUGAUCCAGUUCGUCAGGACCGUCCGGGACUACGUGGACCGGUCCCCCAGAACCGGGGCCACCGUGGUCCACUGCAGUGCCGGCGUGGGCCGGACCGGGACCUUCAUCGCCCUGGACCGGGUCCUGCAGCAGCUGGACCUGAAGGGAACCGUAGACCUGUACGGAUGUGUGUUCGACCUGCGGCUGCACCGGCAGCACAUGGUCCAGACCGAGGUCCAGUACUCGUUCCUGCACCAGUGUGUCCGGGACGUCCUCCGGGCCCGGAAGCACCGCAGCGAGCAGGAGAACCCGCUGUACCCCAUCUACGAGAACUUCAACCCCGACUUCUACAAACAAUUCCUCCACAACGGACGCUGACUCACACCGGAGAGGAGACGAGACGAGGAGACAAGGAGACAAGGAGAGGAGAGAGGAGACGAAGAGACCACAGUCGGUCCAACACCAGCACCACGAUUCUAAUCAGGACUGGAC